AUGGCAAGAGCCGGCCCUCAGGAGAACGCGGAAACUAAAGCAGAGUUGGAGACCAGACUCAAGAGGAGAGACACGCAGGACACUCGAGGAGCGGCACCAGGAGCGGUCCCUGUACCAGCCCGGAGCGGCACCAGGAUCAGCGCGGAGCGGACGAGACAGACGGGACUUAGUGACCCAUCUCUGCAGAGUCUCCUGUGGCGGACAGACGCUGUGCAGCAGGAGCGGGUCAGGGAUCUACAGCAACCCUGGGUUCGAGACGCACACCCAAUCUGUGGAGGGAAGAACGCAGCACGCAUCAUCGGAUCCAACCAGGAGUGUGGAGAGCAGACGCGCACUCUGAGUGCGGGCAGACUGGGACAGCGGAGCCGCUCGGCUUGGAUCAGCAGCGGACCAGACCAGCCCGGGGUGGCUAGACUGCGCACGCCAAAUGAGUUAAAGGGACGCUACCCCCACUUACUCUGA